AUGCGCACCUACAGUUUUACUGAUUCAACUGACCACACCGUCACCUACGUCGAUCGGAAACGCUGGUGGUGGUCACUUUCACUGAUCAACCCCAUGCUGCCUCUGAUCGGCGUGUUCGGCUUUCUGGCCACUGGGCAGACUUUCUGGCUGGCCGUACCGCUGACGCUUAUGUUUGUUGUGGCGCCUCUGUUGGACUGGUUGUUCGGAGAAGACCAGAAUAAUCCACCGGAAUCGCUUGUGCCCCAGCUGGAGGAAGAUCGCUAUUACCGCGUGCUGACUUAUCUGACAGUUCCACUGCACUAUAUAACGUUUAUCACGGUGGCCGUUUUUGUAGGCACCCAGACGCUGCCCUGGUGGGGGUUUCUAACGUUAACGGUAGCGAUUGGCUUCGCGGAUGGCUUUGCCAUCAAUACCGGCCACGAACUGGGGCAUAAACGUACGGAUCUUGAAACCUGGCUGGCUAAGAUUGUCCUUGCCGUGCCUGCCUACGGACACUUCUGGAUUGAACACAAUCGAGGCCACCAUCGAGAUGUGGCCACCCCUGAUGACCCUGCAAGCGCACGUAUGGGUGAAUCAAUAUACCGGUUUGCACGACGUGAAAUUCCUGGCGCGUUUCACCGAGCAUGGGUGAUUGAAAGGGAGCGACUGAAGCGCAAAGAUUUGCCCGUUUUCAGCUUACAGAACGAAGUGUUACAGAGUUAUCUGAUCAGUGUCGUCCUGCAGCUGUCCCUUCUGAUCGCCUUCGGCUGGAUCAUGAUACCGUUUCUCGUGAUCCACAACUUCUUCUCAUGGUGGGUUCUGACCAGUGCCAACUACAUAGAGCAUUACGGCUUACUGCGCGCGCAACAGGACAAUGGAAAGUACGAGCGAUGCCAGCCACACCACAGCUGGAACGCUAAUCACAUCUAUUCCAACCUGCUCCUGUUUCAUCUGCAGCGACAUUCUGACCAUCACGCCAAUCCCACCCGACGCUACCAGAGCCUGCGUCAUUUUGAGGACUUGCCGAGUCUGCCAAGCGGCUACUACGGUAUGUACCUGCUGGCCUACGUACCCAGCCUGUGGUUCAAAUACAUGGAUGCCAAACUACUGGCGCUGCCCCACGUGCAAGGUGAUCUGAACAAGAUCAAUAUAGAUCCCGGGGCGCGCAAUGAAAUUCUGCACAAAUACGGAGACAAAUUUGCCUCAGUAUCUUAA